UGUGUGUGAGUGUGUGUGUCUGAGUGUGUGUAUGUGUGUGUAAGUGUGAGUGUGCGUGAGUGUGAGUCCUACUGCUGGGGGUGACGAUGCUGCAUCCACCGACAGAGGACCAGGAGGUGGGACUGGGGGUCGGGGCGAAGCCGGCCCGUGUCCGGAGGAACCUGUUCGGCCCGGCAGGUCACCGCCAGAUGCAGCAGGACAUCCAGCAUCUACUGAGGGCCAAUAUUGAAGCGGCCGAACACAGGUGGAACUAUGACUUCAGCGAGGAGGCGCCGGGUGAAGGGAAGCUACAAUGGCAGGGGAUGCAAUGGCAGGAGGUGCCGGCCUUUUACCGGAGCCGUCUCCUCCACUCCAGCUCUCUGCAGCCGCUCAAUGUGAACCGUGGAUCCGAGCAGCCGGCGUCUCCCCGCCACAAACCCGCAGCUCAGGCCAGCCCCGGGCAGAGAGGGAGGCGGCAGACCCGUAUAACAGAUUACUACCCAAUAAAGCGAUGUUCACCCCCAGUCCGUUCUAGCUGGGGCAAGGAGCCAUCUGGGACAGAAGAUGUGGCGGCUUCAGAACAACUCAACAUAACCCGCAAGUUCCUCAAGAUAUUGUAGCCUGAAGAUUUAUUAUUAAAUCACAGAUUAUUCAUCAAUUCUGUUUUUUUUUUAAAUGAAGUGCUCAUUAUUUUUAACACUACCAUCAUAGGAUCAGAUUCAGAUUCAGAUUCAAACUUUAUUGUCAUUGUGCAGUGUACAGUACAGAGACAACGAAAUGUAGUUAGUUAGCAUCUCCCUGGAAG